AUGGCACACCUAUCGCACCUCUUCUGGAUCUUCCUUGUUUUCCUCCUGGAUUACCACCAGUGCGAUCCAGUGCCAUCGGAAGUGCAUCGCAACUCCUUAACCUCUCGCACGGUCAAAACAAAGUACGGUGACGUGAGCGGAGUCAUCGUAACCCCCGAAUCGAAACAUUUGGAACCGGUGGAGGUGUUCAGAGGAAUACCUUACGCUAGUCCUCCUUUAGGAUCGUUGAGGUUCAUGCCUCCCGUAACCGGGGCUCUGUGGCAGGGGGUGAAAAUAGCGGAUAGUUUCAGCCCGGUGUGUCCGCAAAGACUGCCGGAUAUCGCGAACGAGACAGCGGCGUUGAGGAAGAUGCCUAGGGGUAGGCUGGAGUACCUGAAGAGGCUGUUGCCUUAUUUGAGGAACCAGAGCGAGGAUUGUUUGUACUUGAACAUCUACGCACCAGCACAAGGUUUGUUGCUUUCUGAAAAUAUUUGUUUGAUUAUUUAUCUCCUGAUACUGGAUUAA